AUGCCUUGGAAGACUGUUAAACUACAACUACAGGUGAUCUUGUAUACAACAUACUCUGUGUUGCAAUUAACCAAGUGUUUCAAUCUAUACCACCCCCCUGACUCAAAUUUCAUACUGAAUGAUUUACGGUCCAUGAAUUUACAGCAUAUACAUCUAGAGCAUGGGAAGCACCCUUUGAGCACUGAUAUUAAUCGUAUCUCAUUUUCAUUAUUGGUUCAGCGACAGACAAUGCAGAACAUCAACAACAAAGAUAACGGCAUGUGCACAUCCAGAUCCGAAGAUGAUGAUUUGCCAAGUUAUCAAAUGAACCAUGAUACCACAAACACAGAGAAUUUUGAUUAUGUUGGAGAAAGUCCGUUUGGUUCAGAUUUCAGCAUCAUACCAGAUUUUACUAAUAUUUUGGAAUUGGCUCCUGCCUGUUUAAGAAAUCACAGAAUGGAUUCAGAAAUAACAUCAAGGAAUUAUUUCCCACCCAUCAUUGAGCGGAAAAGGAUUUAUUACUGUUAUCACUACUGCUACCCAAAAGGAGUUUUGUUUGCUGCCUGCCUUCCUAUCACCAUCCUUCUCUUCUCCUGUCUUACAGCUGUAUUUCUAUAUAACGUGAUUGCUUUGAAAACAGAACUUGGAAACCUGCAAGCUGAGCUGAGAACAUACAGAAAACUUGACAGCCAAUCUCCCACUUUAGUACUGGAAAACAACAGCAAUGGAGCAAGGAGUCAGACCCACUCCAGCUGGGCAGAGGACAAUCAGGUCAGUUUGUGGAAGAUUUUGUCUAAAGAGGGUGGGGUGGGUCCAAGCAAUAGUCGAUCCCGAAGAUAUACGUCUGAAGGCAAAGUUCUCCAUUCCUGCAUGCAACUAAUUGCAGACAGAUCAAGAAAUGUUGAAGAUGAAGAUGAUGACAAUACCAUAAUUCCUUGGCUCCCCAGUUUUAAACAAGGGACUGCUUUUGAUGAUAAACAAAAUAAAAUAUUGAUAAAAGAAAGUGGUUUAUUUUUUGUAUAUGGCCAGGUUUGGUACACAGAUACAGUUUUUGCAAUGGGCCAUCUCAUCCAACGGAAAAAGGCACAAUUGGUGGGAAAUGAUCCAGGCUUGGUUACUUUGUUUAGGUGUAUACAGAAUAUGCCACAGUCUGACUCAAAUAACUCAUGUUUCACAGCUGGCGUUGCAAAACUAGAAGAAGGCGACGAACUCCACCUUAUAAUACCAAGAGGCAAAGCUAAAAUAUCUUUGAGUGGAGAUGGUACAUUCUUUGGAGCAAUUAAACUUUUGUAA